CACUAGUCAAACCUUGGGAACCAAUAAUGCCGGGCCUUCAUCUUUUCACACGAAAACUCAACCCUUUGAACAAUUCAUAGAUACGCCCUUAUAACUUCAAAUCAAAAACUUUCCAUUCAUUUCAAUUUCAAUUUAUCAGACACUCAAACGAAAAUGAAGUUCACGCUGUUCAUUCCCAUAACUUUUCUGUUGCUCUUUUCCAUUUCUUCGGCUUCUGCACAUUUUUUCCCGAAUAUCACUUCAAUCCCACCUUCGUUAAUCCCGAAUACAACAGCAUGGGAGGCUUUUAAUAAGCUUAUGGGCUGCCGUAAUGGUCAAAAGAAAGUUGAUGGGUUAACCAAAUUCAAGAAGUAUUUACAGUAUUUUGGUUAUCUGAAUUCUUCUUAUUCUGAUUUUUCGGAUGAUUUUGAUGAAUAUCUUGAAUCGGCCGUCAAAAUUUACCAGCUGAAUUUCAAUCUGAAUGCCACCGGUGAACUUGAUGAACAAACGUUAAAGCACAUUGUACGACCUCGAUGCGGAAACGCCGAUGUAAUCAAUGGCACUUCGACUAUGAAUUCCGGUAAGCAACCUAGACCUUACAGUGCAAAUUCCACCAUUCAUACAGUGGCCCAUUAUACGUUUUUCCCGGGUAGGCCCAGGUGGCCGGAGAGUAAGACUGAGUUAACAUACGCGUUCUUGCCGAGGAAUCAGCUGUCGGAUAAUGUUAAAAUUCUAUUCGCACGCGCUUUUGAACGUUGGUCGGAAGUAACGCCGUUAACUUUCACAGAGACGACGUCGUUUAACAGUGCGGAUCUUCAGAUUGGGUUCUUCAGCGGAGAUCACGGCGACGGCGAGCCGUUUGACGGCGUUUUGGGGACGUUAGCGCACGCUUUUUCGCCGCCAGUUGGGAGGUUCCACUUGGACGGUGAUGAAAAUUGGGUGACUGACGGCAAUUUUAAUAGCGGGUCACCCGUUUCGGCUGUGGAUCUGGAGUCUGUUGUGGUUCAUGAAAUCGGGCAUUUGCUCGGGUUGGGUCAUAGUUCGGUUGAGGAAUCUAUUAUGUACCCAACUAUAUCUUCGGGUACCCGGAAAGUCGAACUUGCAAACGAUGACAUCACGGGGGUUCAGGAGUUAUACGGGUCUAACCCGAAUUAUAACGGAUCUGAACCGAGUUUGAUUCCGAGAGAGGGGACUGAUUGGAGUGGGACCCAUUAUGUUCAUUGUUCAUUGUGGGGAUUUGUGAUGCCAUUGGUUAUUGGCAUAUUCUUGUUGUUUAGUUUGUAAAUCUCUUUCAUGUAUUUUAUUUGUUGAUAGAAAUAUCAGAUUAUUAUAGUACAGAGUACAGAUACCAGAUUGUAUUUUAGUUUACUUUACAUUUCAUCCUAAACCAUUCUUUAUCUUGCUUUUCAUGUGCUUUUUAUGGCCCAAAUUCAAUAAGCCUGUGUUUGAUAGUCA